CGACGCGCUUGACUAGCUGGAAUAUCAUCAUCGCCGAGGUGCUUCUCUCCUAAUUCGAAGAGGGUGGCUUUCUUCCAUCUUCGAACCAAGCCGACUUUAAAUUCGCUAUUUGUGCCCGCCUUAACUUUUCUCGACUUGUCUCCGCUUAUCUCGUCUCUUAACGCGACCUGGACGAACGAUCCAUUUGCCGCCGUACUUACGCAGUCCCUUCGAAAGCGAGCCAUGUCGGACUCAGAAGAUUCAUCGAGUGCGCCUAGCGACGCGCAGCUGACCUCAACGCUUAAGCGCACGGUCGCGCGAUUCUUCGCAGAGGAUUCUGACAAUUUAACUUUGAAGCGCGUACGCGCAGCCAUUGAGAAUGAGCUCAAUUUGCCUGCGAAUUGGCUAAAAAAUCACAACGUGUGGGCUGCGAAAAGCAAGGAGUUGAUCACAUCUGAAGUCGCGCGGCUAGAGGAGGCGACCGAAACAAGAGACGUGGAGGGUUCGGCCGUCGACGAGACGAAAGAGAAGGGCACCGCAAACAAAAAUGCUGCCGGUACGAACUCAAAGAAGAGGAAGCCAAUAGAAGAGCCCAAGGGAUCUUCGAAGUCACGGUCGAAGCCAAGAAAGAAGAGGAAAGUGUCCAACGGCGAGGAUGAGGACGAAGCAGAGAAGGCGGAGAGCUCAGCUAGCAAUAAUGAUACGCCUUCUCCAGCGAACAAGAGAAGAACUAAGAAGGCGAGGACGGAAGGGAAUGCGCGCUCCAAGAAGGUGGUCGAUUCGGAUGACGAGGACGAAGGAAUGGAGGGAGAUAUGCAAGCAAGUGGUACCCCCGCGCAGCAGGAGCCCCAGAAAUCGGAGGCCGGAUCUGAGGCGAAAGAAGAUGAGGAGCCAGAGCCAAAGGGCGUGACAGCGCCUCCUGCUCAGAUCGACGGCAACGAGUCCGAAUCUUCAUUAUCUUCGCUGCUAGACGAACCGCCAGCGAAGAAGAGGCGGCAGCGGAAAUCGCCUGCUGCAAAGGCGGAGAAAUCUAAGGUCAAAGCCAAAGGCAGGACAAGCUCCAAAGCCAAGCCCGCGGGGAAGGAACUCACGCCUGACGAAGAGGAGAUAAAGCGACUGCAGGGCUGGCUCUUGAAGUGCGGUAUCCGCAAGGUUUGGGGCAAAGAGCUCAAGCCUUUUGAGACACCGAAGGCCAAGAUUGCCCAUUUGAAGAGCAUGCUUGCCGACGCGGGCAUGACAGGGCGCUAUAGCAUCGAGAAGGCAAGUAGGAUCAAGGAGCAACGAGAGCUUGCCGCCGACCUAGAAGCGGUGACGGCCUUCGACGAGAGGUGGGGGAACAAGGAGGAAAAAAGGCCAAGAGGCCGGGGAGACAUGGCGAAGAGUCUGGGCCUGGAUCCCAGUUUGCUCGAGGACAGCGACGGCGACGGCGAAGACGACUAGGUAUAUUCUACGUGGGGUGGCAUGACAGACCCGUCAAAAGGUGGCUUCCCCCGUGUCCGAGACUUCACGUGCGAGGGCUGCAGUCUCAUCGGCGGCAGUGCCAUUCGCCGUCACAUCUAUCUUGGAAAAGCGGAUCAGUCUAUACUGUAGCUUUGCGGGGUCGCAUCACAUAUGAAAUGCAGCAAAACUCGCUCCCGACGAAGCUAGGCUGGACGAGAAGGGAAAGAGAUGGUUGCGCCGACGCUGGUUGUGAUGCUCAUGCUUUCAUUCCUAUUUUCAUGCCGCGACUGUUGAUAUUAUAUACCCCCGGAUAUAGCGCUCUAUACUAUUGAAUCACAGUGCUAUCAGAAAAUGAAGUGUACAUUCGCCUCGCC